AUGACUGAAAAGUCUACGAGUUCCGGUAGUUCGAGCGGUAAAAGUUCGCGAAACCCUAAAAGUGAAAUCGCGGGCAAUACCGAAGACGACGGAGUUUCGAUCGCAGUACAUUCCACGUUUACAAUCGAACCUUUUGACCGCCAUAAAAUGAAAUGGUCACGCUGGGUAGAAAGAUUCGAAGGUGCUUUGCAGCUUUUUGGUGUCCGGGAGCAGACGAAACUCCCCAUGUUGCUACACUACAUGGGCGCGGAAACGUACGACGUAGUUUCCGAUAAGUUGGCACCUGCUAAGCCUAAGGACCAGGCAUACGCCGCCAUUGUUAAAAUACUUGAAGAACACUUUAACCCCGAGCCGCUGGAAAUAGUGGAAUGUGUAAAUUUCUUGUUUCGGAGGCAAUGUGCUGAAAGAGAAGACGAAACAAUAAAUGAGUUUCUAGUAGCCCUCCGAAAAUUAGCCAUGACGUGUAAUUUUGGUGAUUAUUUGAAUAACGCACUCCGAAACCAGCUAGUAAUCGGAUUAAAAAGUGAUGCUAUACGUGCGCGUCUCCUAGAAGUUCGAGGCCUAACGCUAGAAAAGGCUCGAGAUAUUGCUGUGUCGAUGGAAUUGUCGGUAAAAGGGGGUUACGAAAUCCGAUCACUCCAGUGCAAAUCGGAAGUGAGCUUGGUAGAGCAUCAAUAUGCGAAAAGUGCCAGUGCUAGAUCAAGAAUCGCCAAACCUGGAACAAGUACGUCGGACAUGAAGAGAAAUGGCUGUUACCGCUGCGGAAAUGCGCAGCAUUAUGCUGAUAAAUGCCCUUACUUGAAUAGCUUCUGUCGGCAUUGUGGUCGUCGCGGCCAUUUGCAGAAAGUGUGCUUACAAAAAAACGCGAACAAAAGUGACACCAACCAAUUGGAGGAGAGCAGAAGAGAGAACGCGAGAGAAGAUGUACAAGCAGAAGAAAUAUGUGGGGUUUACAGUGCUGCCGAUUUCCGGUGUAAAGUCGGCAAAUUCUGGCUACAUCUGUCAAUUGACGGAGUAAAAACGGAAUUCGAAAUUGACAGCGGCUCUCCGGUGAGCAUCAUUAGUGUUCACGAUCAACAACAGCUGUUUCCCACAAUGCGUUUGCAGCAACCCGAUCUCGAGCUAGUGAGCUACAGUGGAAAUGCGAUCGAACUGUGUGGUAUGAGUGCCGUUCGCGUAGAAUACGAGAAUAAAAAACACGAUUUGCUGUUGUACAUUGCGAAGAAUCGAAAACAUCCGCUGUUGGGCCGCAGCUGGAUGAAAGUGUUGAAACUAAAGCUAGAAAAGUUCUACGAUUGUGUGGGUGCAAUUUCGGAGACGGGACACACAUCCAAAAAUGCAACAGAUGCUGUAAAAGUGUUGAUAACACGUGCAGUUGAAGAGGAAAUAAAAAAAUUAGUGGAAGCGGGCGUUCUGAUUAAAGUAAAUCAUAGUGAGUGGGCCACACCAGUGGUCCCAGUGAAAAAGUUGAACAACAAAGUGAGAUUGUGUGGGGAUUACAAGCUGUCGGUAAACCCAAGCAUCCUGGUGGAUGACCAUCCCUUGCCUACCGUCGAAGAGUUGUUCGCAAAUGUUGCUGGGGGAGAUAAGUUCUCUAAAAUAGAUCUUUCCCAAGCAUAUUUGCAGCUUGAAGUAGAGCCGAAGGACCAGGAGAUCCUUACUUUAAGCACGCAUUUGGGGUUGUACCAACCGACAAGAAUGAUGUAUGGUAUCAGUUCGGCACCAGCAAUUUGGCAGCGGCUGAUUGAAGAAGUGCUGAAUGGGAUUGAAGGAGUCACUGUGUUCAUCGAUGACAUUCGUGUUACGGGGCCAAAUGAUGAAAUGCAUCUGCGACGUCUGGAAGAAGUGUUUAGACGAUUAAGUGAAUACAAUAUGCGAGUGAACCUUGAAAAGUGCCAGUUUUUUGCAAACCGCAUAGAAUACUGCGGCUACAUGAUAGAUCGUGAUGGUAUACAUAAAGUGCAGAAGAAAAUAGACGCUGUCCAGAACAUGCCUGUGCCACAGAAUAAAGACCAAGUGCGCUCAUUUGUGGGACUAGUAAAUUACUAUGGACGAUUUUUCCCACAUCUGAGCACCACGAUCUAUCCGCUGAACUGUCUAUUGCGCAACGAUGUACAUUUUCAAUGGACCAAAAAGUGUGAAGAAGCGUUUCGAAAAGUGAAAGAAGAGAUGCAGUCAGAUCGGUUUUUGGUACAUUAUAAUCCUGGAUUGCCGUUGGUACUUGCUACGGAUGCAUCACCCUACGGAGUCGGUGCCGUUUUAAGCCAUAUCUUUCCCGAUGGUACAGAGCGGCCGAUUCAAUACGCAUCACAGACUUUAAACGAAACGCAGAGGAGGUACAAGCAGGUUGACCGCGAAGCAUAUGCUAUCGUUUUUGGAAUACGUAAGUUCUACCAAUAUCUCUACGGGAGCAAAUUUGUACUGAUUACCGACAACCAGCCGUUGAAGCAGAUUUUUUCGGAAACCAAAGGGUUGCCUACUAUGUCUGCUUUGAGGAUGCAACAUUACGCUACCUUCUUGCAAUCUUUUAAUUACUCUAUAAAAUUUCGUCCAACUAAAGAUCACUGCAAUGCUGACGCUUUUUCGAGAUUGCCUGUCAGUACAAAGGCUCCAGAUAACGUCGUCGAGGAGGUAGAUCUGGUGGAAGUGGACAUAAUCGAAACACUUCCGCUAACGGUUGACGAUCUUUGUAAAGCGACUGCAAAAGAUGGUUCCGUCAAAGUGCUUAUACAAGGAUUGAAGAACGGUAAAAUAGUAGAAGCUAAAGACAGGUUCGGGAUUUCCCAAGAAGAAUUCAACCUACAGCAAGGAUGCAUUAUGCGAGGAAUUCGUGUAUACAUACCGUCUAGUUUGAGAGAACAGGUUCUCUCGGAACUACAUUCAACACAUUUUGGGAGUACUCGAUUGAAGACGCUCGCGAGGGGAUACGUCUGGUGGGAGCGCAUUGAUAAGGACAUCGAAGACAUGGUACGAAAUUGUGCAUCGUGUCAACUUACUCGCCCCGAUCCCGUUAAAGCGCCGUUGCAUUGUUGGGAGCAACCUAAUCAACCGUUUGAAAGGGUACACGUCGACUUCGCAGGGCCUUUCCUUGGCAGUUACUUUAUAGUGUUCGUGGACGCGUUCACAAAAUGGCCUGAGGUCAAAAUAUUGCGUGACAUAACAACAAAUACAACCAUUCACGCCUGUAGAGAGUUUUUUGCGACUUUUGGAAUACCGUCUGUACUAGUCAGUGAUCACGGAGUACAAUUUAAGUCAGCCGAUUUUCAGAGUUUUCUGAAACUUAACGGUAUCUUUCAUAAGAUGGGAGCCCCGUACCAUCCAGCGACAAAUGGCCAGGCUGAACGCUUCAUUCAAACCCUGAAAGGGAAAAUGAAAGCGCUAAAUUGCGACAAAUCUAGAAUGCACACGGAACUUUGUCAAAUUCUGCUGAGCUACAGGAAAACCAUACACCCUGCAACAGGAAAAUCGCCGUCCAUGAUGGUCUUCAAUCGUCAAAUACGUUCAAGGCUAGAUUUGAUGAUACCUGAUCCUAAGGCAAAAACCAACGAUCCAGAAAUCAAGAUACGAUCAAUUCCUGAAGGGGCGAGAGUUGCUGCUCGUGACUAUUUGGAUCGAACCAAAUGGAAGUACGGUCACGUUAUUGAAAAACUGGGCAAACUUCAUUACAACGUACAACUGGACGACAACAGAACCUGGAAACGACAUAUUGACCAACUGCGAGAAGUUGGAGCAAACUUAGGAAAGCCGGCUCAAACAUCUCAAGAGUUUCCGGAGCAUUUCGAUCCGAUUCCUACAAAAACAGCUUCGGAAAGAAAUGACGCCGUAGAAGAGCCAAGGGUUGAGUUAUCGACGGAAAACCUUUCGACUACCGCUUCGGGUGAUAUUCAGGAGCCGUCCAAUGCAGUCACUAUGGACUCCCCUGCUAUCGACCAACCAUUACUCAGGAGAUCCACUCGGAUUGGUCAACAACUCCAAAGGCUUAACCUGUAG